AUGUGGGACGGAGGUUGGGAAGAGUCCUUUAGCGUGCCAGUAGGUGUAGGACAGUCGACGGAUAGGUACCAAACUGAGCCUGAGCUGACCUUCACUGUCCCGAAUAAACUGCCGACGGCGCCGACAGAGAUCCCGGAGCCGCAGGUGAUAUAUGAGCCGCGUACGCCUCGAGUGAUGAGUCCCCAAGAGCUUGACCGGCUGCACUUAUUGCGCAUGAAGCAAGCACUGGCCGACAGACCCCCUGCGCCCAGACCCACGGUCUCUACGUAUCGGGCACGAGGUAGAGGAGGCCCUUGCCUAGCGCCUAGCUUCGGCGCGGGCUGUACGCCCUGCAGCUGUGAGGAUACACUCGUCAUAGACCAGGAUGUCGCUGACAACCAAUGGAACGUGCUCGGCUGGUCCGUUGCCACCGCCGGCCUCAUUGUCGGCUUCAUCCUCGGCUACCACCGCCACGAGCAAAACAGACGCCGACGAGCCCGUAUAGACUCCAUCGACUAUGUCUCCUCAGACACCGAAUAUGACAACGAUGAUCUCACCAGCUACGGCUCAUAA